CCAGCAACUUUGCCACCACCAGUAUUGGGGAUCCUGACUGUGAGGGCCGGGCCCAGGGAGGGAUAGUUGUAACAGGGGCUGUGGCAGCUUUCAGGCCAUGAAUGUGGCCGAGCCUCAGCUCAGCGCAGUGUGCUUGUGGACCGGUUUCACAUCAGCAGUCAUGAUCAAAGGUGACAACUGCACGGAUCCACCAGUGUUGGGAUUCCCCUCCAUAACCCAGGCCUGGGGUCUGUGGGCCCUCUUAGGGGUUGUGACCCUCCUGCUUCUCAUCUCACUGGCUGCACUCUUGUUCCAGUGGACCAAUGGCCAGAGCAGAAGCCAGCCGGGGCACGGACACUCCGGAGCGUCUGUGGAAGAGGUCCCCCUGUAUGGGAACCUGCACUAUCUACAGACAGGACGGCUGUCACAAGAGCCAGGGCCAGGCCAACAGGAUCCUUCCCUUGGAGGCUCUGCCAAGGUUGCAGAGGAGGUGAUGUGCUACACCAGCCUGCAGCUGCCGCCUCCUCAGGGCUGGAUUCCCAGCUCUGGGACUCCCAUCAAGUACUCGGAGGUGGUGGUGGACUCUGAACCAAAGCUCCAGGCUCUGGACAUCGAGCCAGAGCUCUAUGCCUCAGUAUGUGCCCAGACCCGCAGAGCCCGGGCCUCCUUCCCAGAUCAGGCUUAUGCCAACAGCCAGCCUGUGCCCAGCUGAGGAGGGCCUGGCACAGGGGGCAUGUGUGGUCUGCCUCCACAAUACAGAGGCUCCCAGUGCCCUGUUUGGGGUUUCCCAGCCACCCCCAAGGACACCAAGGACACCAAGCCAUUUCUCAGUCAGAGGUGAUGAUCUACCCAGAACUUCCUGUCUAAGCUGUGAGGGAAACUUCUCAGGGUUUGGCAGUCCCCUGGCUUCCAGACGAUGGAGGCAGCAAAGGUAGAUGGCCCUAUCUCCACUUUUCUUUUCUACCUAUUCCUCUCUCAGCCCCAAACUCCCAGGGUCUCACUUCUUCCUCCUUCUGAAAUUUAACCAUAUCCUCCCCACCGCCUCCCUCAGAGCCUACCUUCGCCUCAGUGUCUUCUCAGGCACCGGAAGUGGGCAGCCAACAGGGAGGGUAAGAGCUUGAGAGGAUGUGGGUGGGUAUCAUCCUUGGGAGCCCACAGCCUGGAAGAGUCUUAAGGACCUGCAGACCCAAGCAACCCAAGCCCGGCUUCUGACCUGAGGACCCUGGCAGGAAAAUACAGUCUCCAUGCUGCUCUCUGUCAU